UAAGUCCCGCGGUGGCGCAAAGGCAGAACAAGCGCGCUCCGGGAGCAGCUAAAACCCCGCCGGGCACGCAUUUUUCAGUGAAGUCGGUGAUCCCGCCUGGGGAGCCUCUGGUAGAGCGGAGCCUUGCAAAUGGGCGCAUGAAGAAAGAAAGACAGCAGAGAAAUGGACUGCUAUCUGCGACGCCUCAAACAAGAGCUGAUGUCCAUGAAGGAGGUGGGUGAUGGCUUGCAGGACCAGAUGAACUGCAUGAUGGGUGCACUUCAAGAACUGAAGCUCCUGCAGGUGCAGACGGCAUUGGAACAGCUGGAGAUCUCUGGAGGAGGUUCUGUCCCCAGCUGCCCUGAAAGUCCACAGACACAGCCUGGGCACCCUUGCUGGGAGGGUGGCAGCCACCCUGCCAGGCACACAGCCUGUUCCUCCUCCAGCAAUCCUUCUUUUGGCAGCAGCACCACGUUUCCAUGCCAUAGGAGUGACUGUGAGAGUGAUCUCGGCCCCCUGCCCAGGACACAGCUGCCUGAGCACCAAAGCUGUGCUCAGCAGGGGUCAGAGAAAGUGGAACCCGAUGACUGGACCUCCACAUUGAUGUCUCGGGGCAGGAAUCGGCAGCCUCUGGUAUUAGGGGACAAUGUCUUUGCGGACCUGGUGGGCAACUGGCUAGACUUGCCAGAAGUGGAGAAAGGUGGGGAGAAAGCCGAGACUGGGGGGGCAGGUGAGCCUAAAGCAGCAAAAGGCCAGUCCAGGGAGCUGGGCCGCAAGUUUGCCCUGACAGCAAACAUCUUUAGGAAGUUCUUGCGUAGUGUGAGGCCUGAUCGAGACCGGCUGCUCAAGGAGAAGCCAGGCUGGGUGACACCCAUGAUCUCUGAGCCCCGAGCUGGACGCUCCCAGAAGGUCAAGAAGCGGAACCACUCCAAGGGUUCUGGACGGUUCCCCUUCCCAAGCACUGGGGAGCCCAGACAAGGGGAAACCCCUUCAAGUAGCUCCAAGGCCAUGGAACUCUCACAAGCCGGCUUUGACAUUAACACAGCUGUUUGGGUCUAAAUUCUGAUGUUGGCUGGGAGGUGGGAGGGUAGGUGGUAUGGCCUUCAGAGCCCGAGUCCAUGUUCCUUUCUCCUAGAAAGGAGGGAGAAGUCAGAGUUCAGGCAGGGCUGACCAGAACACACAAGACUGGUGAGCGGAGGAGGUAAGAGCCCCUGGAGGAAGGAUGUGUGCGAGAGGACACAACUGUGUGUGUGUGUGUGUGUGUAUGUGUCAGCAAAUGCCUCUGACAUUCCUCUGUUGCCCUCAAAGACCUCAGUGAACAUACGGUGUGGAAAAGGGCACUGGGAACUCAGAGAGCGCUCCAAUAACAGCUAGCCUCCUCUAAUGGACCCAUCUUAUCCUUGGCAAGAUCAAGACUAGAGGCUCCAGGAUUGAAGCCCCACCCUUCUGGGUGGGUGGAGCAAUAGGAGGAAAUCCCUUCCAUAGCCUUUCCUCUGGUCCUGAAGAUUCCAGACCUUUCCUGGAUCCUGGAAAAUGGGCUGGUCUAGGAGGACCAUGAGGAAGCCCUGAGUCGUCCCAAAAGUAUAGGGGAGGGGCGAUGCACAGUGAUGUGCACCUCUAAAUGCCUCUUCACAUUCAUACUGGCUUGGGAAGGGGUACAGUG